CUCAGUCCUGUGCACUGUCUUUCAUAGCCACUGUAUCCAUAGCGGAGAGCUCCUCCUAAUGCACGCAUCAUAUUCGAGUUGAUCUGUUCUCGUCACGUUGAAUCCAGUUUGGAGCUUUAUUUUGAUCGUACAGAAUGUCAUGAGACGCACGGAGUAGAAAAUCAAGAUGGAAAACUUCAACAUGACAUGUCUGUGGAUUGUUUUUGCAUCGUAUUUGAUUUUUCUACCACUCACAGGGUGGUGCAAGCCCGUCAUCUCCCCCAGUGGGCCUCAUAUAGUUAUUCCCAAGCGUGGCAAGCUGGAGCUCUAUUGCCAUGACAAUGCCACCACACCUGGUGCUACAUCCAGGUUGAGGUGGCAGAGGGAAAACGCUCGCAGACUUGAGGGGGAGGCGGAGGAGGCCGGCGCUGCUAUUGUCAAGGUGCCCGCAGUGCAAAACUACCACAUGGGCCGCUACGUGUGCAUCAAUAACAGUACACGGGAGCGUGCGUCCAUCUACGUAUAUGUGAAAGACCCUGUCAGUGCCUUCCAGCGCACCAUGGUCAACGUCAUCCUGGUGCGUGCGGGCGAGAACUGCACCAUUCCCUGCCUGGUGACCAACCCGGACGUCACGCUGCUGGCUUUGCAGACGUGUGACGGGCGACCUUUGCCCUCCGCCAUGAGUUAUUGGACCCACCACGAGCAAGGGGUUAUCAUCGGCAAUGUGAGCAGGGCUUUUGAAGGAUGCUACGUGUGCGUGGGAGAGCUCGGAGCAAAGAAAGUGACAUCGAGCCAAUACACCGUGGACGUGCGGCUGGUUCCAGAGGUGCUUCCGGUUAUCACACUGUCCCAGAGAGACAAGGUUAUCUUGCGCAACGGGGAGAAGUUUGAGCUUACUUGUAGCUCUUCCAAUGUCAACCCAGACUUUAGUGUCAAAUGGGACUAUCCAUCAACGGCGCAUCCAGAUGAAGUUCACACCUCGCACAUCCUUUUCGGGUCUCGAGAUUAUCAACGGGCCUCCCGGCUCUUGAUAGGAUCAGUAAAACGAACAGACUCGGGGAUGUACCGCUGCUCGGCCCACAAUGAGAGAGGCGGGAGCUCCAGAGCGUUGCACCUGAAUGUCUGCGAUAAAGGCUUCAUUACCAUGUUAAGUCACCCAAGUCCCGUCCAGGCCAGUGUGCGUGAGGGGGAAAGCCUAAUUCUAAGAGUGGAGUUAGAAUCCUAUCCAUCACCCAGCGUUCUGUCUUGGUCUUACAAUGACAAACGUCUGCUCAAUACCACAGAGCAUGUCAUCACUAUCCACCAACGCAAAUACAGGUACAUUAGUGAGCUGAAACUUGUGAGGGUUCUUGGCUCCGAGGGCGGCGUCUAUAAAUUCUCAGCCAGUCACGAAGACGCGUCCGUCGACCAUUUAUUUCACGUAUACGUCAAUAGCAAGCCGGUCAUCAUCGCCCAGGAAGGGCCGGUCGAUGGUCAGGUGCGGUGCGUCGCUGCCGGUCACCCAGUUCCAAAAAUCAGCUGGUACAUCUGUGACAUUCCCAACACGAGGUGUUCCCACCUACCCAAUGCCACCCAAUGGGAGACGACGGAUGUCGCAAUCGUGACAGAGUCCACCUAUAGUAGGAGUGAAGUGGAGAGCCGAUUGAACAUCAGCAAGGAGCAUGGCAACUAUCAUACACUGGAGUGCGUGGCCUCGACAGAGCAGGAGGAAGCGUACAUGCUCUUCUCCAUCAGCGAGCGACUCGUCCCGCAUGAACUGUUCACCCCACUUCUAACCGGCACGGUGGUCACUGGUGCUUUCCUCGGCUUCUUUGUUGUGGUGCUGCUCUAUAUGUACAGGCAGAAACCGAAAUUCCAAAACCAGUGGAAAGUCAUCGAGAGUAUCCAUGGCAACAACUACAUUUACUUUGACCCCACCCAGCUUCCCUACGACUCUAAAUGGGAAUUUCCUCGGCAAAAGCUACGCUUUGGUAAGACUCUAGGUUCUGGAGCUUUUGGGAAAGUGGUGAGGGCCACGGCGUACGGCCUUUGCUCAGCUGACACGGUCACGACGGUCGCCGUCAAGAUGCUCAAAUCCAACGCUCACGCCACGGAGAAGGAAGCGCUGAUGUCAGAACUGAAAGUGCUCAGUUACCUCGGCAACCACAUGAACAUCGUCAACCUGCUGGGAGCCUGCACGGUCGGAGGUCCAAUUUUAGUGAUCACUGAAUACUGUUGCUAUGGCGACCUACUCAACUUCCUGCGCAGGAAAAGAGAGUCCUUCCUAAAUUCCCAAACGGGCAAUGGUUACUAUCGCAACGUCUCCAAGCAAACAGAGCCUGCAAGCAGAGAUGUGCUGGGUACCGAAUAUAUGCCGAUGCGCUCUUCGGACAAAGAAAGGUCCUCGCAGUCAGAAGAUCCAGAUGAGCUUUCUCUGGCUGCUGAAGAUCUGUUGAGCUUCUCCUACCAGGCGGCCAAAGGGAUGGAGUACAUCACGUCUAAAAACUGCAUCCACAGGGACCUCGCCGCCAGAAAUGUUCUUCUGACUCACGGCAGGGUGGCCAAGAUCUGUGACUUUGGCUUGGCACGGGACAUCACCACUGAUUCUAGCUACGUGCUUCGAGGCAAUGCACGUCUUCCGGUCAAGUGGAUGUCUCCAGAGAGCAUCUUUGAUUGUGUCUACACAUUUGAGAGUGAUGUGUGGUCCUACGGCAUCUUGCUAUGGGAAAUCUUUUCAUUGGGUAACAGUCCAUAUCCUGGGAUGCAGGUAGGCUCGGCAUUUUACAGAAUGAUUCAAGAGGGCCACAGGAUGAACAAGCCAGAGUUUGCUCCCAUUGAGAUGUAUGACAUGAUGCUCUCAUGCUGGAAUCAGGACCCUUUGAAAAGACCCUCUUUCAGAAAACUGGUGGAGAGGACUGAGCUUCUUCUGUCGGAAAAUACCCGGAACGUUUACCUGAGGCUGAGCAAUGCUGCCGGUCCCUCAGACAAUCAGAGGGCUACAUCACGAAGGCUGAGCUCCGCGUGCAGCACCACGGCCCCCAACCAGCCUUUACUGCAGAAUACCGCAGAUGUCUUCUUGGACUAUGUCUGAAGAAAUUCACACAAAUAGGUUACAUUUGAACUGGAGUAAUCUUCAGCUGCAUGUACGCGGCAAGUCCUGCAGCCACACAUUCCACAAACAUGGCCGACAUGCUGUGCUGGAACUUUAUUUUGCUAUGGGGGUUCGAGAUUUUGCCAUCAUUUCAAAGACGUCUGAGGCUUGAUGAUUUAUACUAGUAACAGUACUUUCGUACUGAAUCCUACUAAAGUCUAAUAGGAACAGGCUGCCUACUUGCACAUUGCUGUUUAAUUUUGACAGACAAUUUGUACAGAAAGUGUAUAUUUUUUUCUUUUAACAAAUAUUACAAGCAUUUCUAUCUUUCUUUGAACAAAAUCCCAUCUUAACAUAGUGAAGAACAGUUAUUUAUAUCUAAAUAUUUCCAUGCCACAAUUAUCACAAUUCAGCUUUUAAUUUCAAAUUUGUUAGUAAUAUAAUGUAACAAUAAAUUCCUAAGCAGUGAUGAAAUUAUAUAAUUAGGUAACAUACAAAGAUUUAACCAUACAUUUGAAGCCUUUUCAUAGUCUUGAGGGCCGUCUGCCUGGACACAAAUGCCAAAUCUUACUGAAAAAUAGAUUAGAAUGUUAACAAAAACGACCCAUCAUGUACAACGGUGAAAUAGUGGGGGUCAUCAUAUUUUAAACUUGCAGUUGUUGCUGGCUACAUCUUUAUUGUUUGUUUGAAUGGGCAUGAGCAAGCAGCUUGACAGCCAUCUUAGCUUAGCAUUAGCUUAAUGACAAGAAACAGAAAGAAAACCAGACUUAUUCCUAGAUUUAAUCACCAAAGACACUUAGCAUUCAAACUUUAAAAACAGAGAGCUCUCAAAUUAACUCGCUUCAUUCUAAAAAGUAGCAAGCAACCGCACACGGAGAGCUAAAAGUAGCUUGUUAGAUAAGUAGUACCUUACCUUAGCAUCAAGACUGUUUCCCAAUGUGGCUUGUUAGCUACCGCAGCAUGAGAAAAAAAAUGAAAACAUAACCCCCCUCACUGCUACUUAUUUUAGCAUCAAAACAAGAAGCAUAAAAACUGAAACACUUAUUGUUCAAAUCCUAAAUAGCUGCUUUCUUUGGUGCUAAAUAUUCUGCUUGAUGCUGCUUUGUAGUUAACGUGCAACGUUUUCCUUACAAAUCAUCAGUUCAUUGGGACAACAAUCAUCAAAUUGUCCUUAAAUAAAUCCAAGCCACUAUGUGAUGUGUCAAAACGGCAUGCAAGCACUAAUUCCUUAUAAAGAACCUCAAAACGUUAAAAAGAAAGAAAAAGGCUGGAUGUUACCAAUUGUGAGUUGUAUAGUUGACUACUGUAACGGACCAAACGGGUGGUCAGAUGAAUAUAUUUUGUGAAAUUGGCCUAAUCUUGGUUUAGUGUGGAGGACUAAGUGAUUGACUGAUUGAUGUGCGUGUUUCAUUUGGUGUUACAUGUGUACGUACUGUAAAUACAAUAGAUAUGUGCCUUUAGAUUUUGACUGGCUAUGUCUGGUUGUCACGAGGGCUCAGGCUCUGCUUAGGAGGUCCCUGCAGUUUUGAUACAGUUUGUUGACUUGUAAUAAUAAAGAAAGUACCAGUGAUGGUAGAGGCAA